UAUCAGCUGACUAACUCAUUAGUCCAAAUAUACUUAUGAAGGCUGAAUUAUUAAACAAAAAACAUGUUGACAUAGUAUAAAUACCAUGUUGAUUUUUACUUAUUUACACGUGUUGUUGUCGGCUACCAUGACAACAUUUUAGGUCUACCAAUUGCAUGGGAGGAAGAAAAAGAGGAGAGUGGCCAAUGGAGGGUGGCGCAGCAGCUGAAAAAGUCUUCUUCAAACCUCUUCUCUUAUUCUCUCUUUCUUUCUUGCUUUCUUUAUUUAAGGCCUCUAAUGUGGCGGCUUCAUCUGUAAUCUACCGAACCAGUUCCUUCCACAAUGGGCAAAGCUUCUAGUUCUUCCUCCUCUUCAAUCACCAGCUGCAGGAACAACCCUUCCAAUUCAACUGCAUCCUCUCUCACACACCAACACAGCCAACACCUUCGCACAGAUCUUAGGCUUGGACUCAGCAUUUCCGCCACUCAACAUGUUGCCUCUUCCAGUUCAGGGGGGCAUUGGCAACCGAUGCAGCCACAUCUAAGCAGUUAUUCACAAGCUACUGAAGUUAAUGAUUGCAGCGAUCAUACGAGCUUCUUUGUGAAGGUUUACAUGGAAGGCAUUCCAAUUGGUAGAAAACUCAAUUUGUUAGCUCAUGAUGGCUAUCACGAGUUAGUGAAGACCCUUGAACAAAUGUUUGACACCACCAUUUUGUGGGGGACUGAGAUGGAUGGAGUUCAACAAGAGAGAUGCCAUGUUCUAACUUAUGAAGAUGGAGAAGGAGAUUUGAUCAUGGUUGGGGACGUUCCAUGGGAGAUGUUCCUUUCGGCUGUAAAAAGGUUGAAGAUCACAAGGGUUGAGACAUUUGGGUGAUAAAUGUUUACAAUAUGACAAAAGACUGGUUCUUUUUGUGACUUAAAUUUAGUCCUGAGACUCGAUGUCAGUGAUCAUCCUUAUCAAAGUGGUGUAUAUUCUUAGUAUGUUUGGAUAUUGAGAAAGGAAAAUUCAAAGGAAAAGGAAAAUGAAAGAAGAGAGUUUAUAUAUAAUUACAUUUUUUUAUUUUCAUCCUUCCAUAAAAUUUCUAAAUGAAAAAAGAGCAAAAAUGCCUUUAUUUUUGGUUUCUAAAAGUUUGGUCCUAGCUUUUCUCGUUACCGACGUAAUUUCCCCGGUUGUUAAGACCCAGUUCCUCCGCGUUCUCUCACACGGAAAAUGAAUAAACCAAAUGAAAAUUGAACAAAAGCAUAUGGUUUAGACAGAAAGCAAAGUUGAAACAUGCGAGGAAUAAGGA